AUGAAGAGGAGACUUAGAGCCAAGGAGCAGGGAGCAGGUCACCUGGACAGAAACUUCCAGGAGGAAGUGGGGCAGGCGGAGAUUCAGGUUAGAGACCUAGCAAGAUUCUUGCGAGGGCGGGAGGAACCAGGGUGGCACCAGGGUGGCGGUGAGGAAUCUGAUCCGAUUCAGGGCGUUAUCAAACGCCAAGUGGGGAGGUUCUCUAACCUGACUUUGCGAGACUUGCUGCAACUGGGAGAUGCAGGCUCCGUGAGGUCGGAAGCGAAGGUUGAGCCUCGCUGGAGGAAGGCGGAGGUGGGCCUGCCCCGAGUUCGGCCAAGGCCAUCUCGACGAGUCUGGAAGAGAAACCGGAAACAUGCUAAGCGGCCACGCCCACGCCCGGAGACACAGCCCUACGGAAACCCGGGCAGACACCGCCUCACGUCUCGCGAGACAGCGGGCGCCUCCUCGGGCCUCUCGCGAGAGCGCUGGCUUCCGCGUCCCGCCGCCCGCCGCGGCGUCGUCUCCCGGGCCACGCGGGCGAGGCUCCCCCUGUGCAACAGAGGCGGGCAGCGAGUGGGGGACAUCGCGCUGGCUUUCCGCCUGACAGACCUGGGCAGCGGCCUCCCGGGCCGUCCUGGGCGACCCGCCGCCUCUACCUCCAUCUCCACCAGAGAGGUCAGCGCCCGGACUCCGCAGGGAGCACCGCGACCACAGCGGUCAGCCUCAGAGCCAGGCCCGGGAGAUGCCGAGGGGCCUCUACGGGCAUCACAGAGUGCAAGGGCGCAGCCGAACUUGAAAGACACCGUUUUCCCCAGCAGGGCCGAUUCCGAUGACGUGGCUACUGCAGAGAAUGGCAAAACCAGCCCUGCGUUUCCUUGUUCAGAUGCCAGCAGUGGGAGGAGUGUGAGCCCCUUACAGAAGGAAGGCGCAGAGUUGGACAUUGAAACCAACACGUUUUGCCCUCCUCCGCUGUAUUACACUCAUUGCACCCAAGAAAAGACGCCGCCUGCGCAGUGUAAAAUCACCAUUGAGCCGCAGACAAGUGUACCUGAAGAACUGGAUGGUGAUUUUCUGGAAGAAAAACUUGUUCAGCCCUCAACUCAUAGGAAUCCCCUAAAACCUGCAGAUCCUGCAACACAUGAGAGCCCCCCGAUGCUUAUAAAUCCUCCACAUACUCAAGAUUCAGGAGCAACAAGUCAAACUACACAUCACCCUCAAACUGAGGAAAAUAGAAUGAAUAUAGUAAGGCAGCUGCCUUUGCUAAAUGCUCUGUUAGUUGAGUUGUCCUUGUUAUGCAAUCAGCCCAUGACAAGUCCUGCUCAUGUCCAUCCUCAGUUAGCCUGGCUAUAUAGAACAGAGGAAAAGAAGACCUUAGAAUCUUCUGCUAAAUCUACAAAUCAGUCUGAAUCUAAGAAGGAUAAACAUUCUAUGGGGGACCGUGAAAAGUCAGAGAGUCUUCAGUAUAAAAAGGACCAGGUUGAAAACCUUAAGAAAGGUAAACAUACUGAAAGAAACAGUGGUACCUACCCAAAAAGAGUUAAAAGGGGGAAGCUACUUUUUGGCUUAACAAAUACACUAAGACUACGCUUAAAACAAACAAAUCCUGAUAUGCUGGUUGUACAUGAAAAAAGAGAAGAGUAUAGAAAAAAGCAAGUGCAAGCGUUGAGUACAAAAUUCAGAAUCCCAUCACCCAAGGCUAAAGUAUUAAGUUUUGUGGAACAAAGCCGGAAGCCAUAUGAACUGCCUAAAGAUAAGUAUUUAGAUUCUGAUUCAUCUUUUGCUGAAAACAGUGAUACUUCAAGACAGACAAGUGGAGGUUUUGAUGAUCCCAGCACAACUAAAACAAAGCUGAAAUGUGGAAGUGAAAAGACUGUUGAUUCUGGUGGAAAUAGAACUAGUAAAUGUUCAUUGGAGGAAAUUGUGAGUCCUAUAGAUUCCAUUGUUCCAGCAAACUUUACUCAUACAAAUAUUUUGGGAGAAAAAGUAGACAUGAAAGUCCAGAGUCCGUUUGUUUUCCCACAGGACAAUAUUGACAGAACUGUACUAGGUAAAGAAAUAGGUGAUGGGCAGGUCGUGAACACAGGUGCUGGUAUAAGUGAAAAUAGAACGAGGAAAAAUAGUUGCUGUGAAAGCAUCUCAGAACUGAAGUACUCAGAUGACUUCACUAGCUCAUGCUACUCUGAAGAUUUCUGUACCCCUGAGGAUGCCAGCAGUUUACAAGCUCAUGAUUGCAGUCCAGAAGCAGAAAAUGCAACGCAUAGUCAGCAUAUGAGCAAUUCUAGUGAAGCAAGAUUGUCCAUAAGGAAAAAUAAUAGUGGAAGGAGUUCUGUUCUUAGUCCACCCUUUUCAGCUGGAUCACCAGUACUCUCUCAUAAAAGAUCUCAUAUUUCAAAGACUGAGGAUAAAAGUGUGGAGGAAGCAUUUAGUAUCUCUACCAGUGAUUUAUCUUCAUCACACUGCAAUGAGGAAAAAGAAAACCAGAUAAAGCAAAAUGGUAUGCAUAAUUCUAAGAGAGAUCAAGACAUCUUGACAAGAACUGGUUGCAAGUCUUUAGAAAAAAGCCUGUCCCCAAGGACAUCUCAAGUGAGCUCUUAUCUGCCAUCAAAUUUGUCAGAAUUAGAGCUUAACGUUUGGGAUAGCAGUACAUCAGAUCACUUCGACGAAGACGAUGAUGUUGGUUCACUAAGUAUUUCCAAGCAAUGCAAAGAUAUUUGUGAAUUAGUAAUAAAUAAACUUCCAGGAUAUACAGUGUAAAAAUAAUGUUCUUUAAAAAACAUUUUCAACAAGCAAUGUGUACUGUUAGUGAAGAAAAUUUAUGACUAUUUUAGUACAUAAAUUAUGUGGAUAAUUUCUUUUAAGAAAUUUGUUAUUUUGAUGUUUAAAUAGUAUACUGUCAUAAAGUCUGAAAACAUUGAUCAUGAAAUCACUCUAUAACCUAGGUAAGAUUCUAAAUAGCCCUGUAAUCUUAAAAAUAAAGUAUUUUUCUGAACUGUCUGUCUUAAAGGAUCUAUCCUAAAACUUAAAGUAUUUAAGUUAUUAUUAAAGUUAUUCUAAAGUUAACUUUUUGCACAUCAUUGAGAAAAGGCUACUGAUACUCUCAAAUUUUAAUGAGAAUAAAUCAUUUAACAAAUGUAGAAGAUUUACUGUGCGAAGUGCAGAAAGGUACAAAAUGAGCUAAGAAAUAGCCCCUGCUGUUGUAAGAGCUUAACAGUUUAAUGUGGGUAAGUCUUCCCUGACACUGAUAUAGCCCCUGUCACCAACAGGCAGUCUCUUUUGUAUACUAUCAUAGUGCUCUAUAAUUUUUUAUUAACUACAACUUGUAUGAUUACUUGAUUAAUGAUUAUCUCCCUCUGGGCUUGAGUUUUCUGAGGGAAGUGACCAUAUAUGGUUUGCACAACCUUAUAUUUUUAGUAUCCUGCACAGUCCUUGGCAUUUGGUUGAGGUGCAAUAAAAGCAUUCAUUGAACAAAUGGCUGAAGACCAGGCAUUUAAAAUGCCUAAUGGGAGGGUAUAAAAUUAAGCGGUGUAAACAAGCAAAAAACUUGAAAAGAAACCUGCAGACAGUGCACAUUGGAGACGUGUUCGUGAUAUUUUUGUUUGUGGAUAUAAAUAGCCUUCAUUGUGCUCUGAAGUAUUUGACAAGAACUAAAAACGUGUCUACCUAUAUUCUUUUUUGUGUGAGUUCAGCUUACUGUUCAUUUCAAGUCAGUAGUAUGCAUGAACAUUUUUAUGAAGUCUACUGAUCACUUCUUUAUAAUUUACUCCAUUGGUUUUGUGAUUAGACCUUAUUCUUAUAUUUACAUUUUUUUCUAGCUGUGUUAUACAUUUUUUCUUUUACUUUAUAAUAUGUCUAAUAUUUUUAGAUAUAAGAGGUGAAGUCCUAAUUUUCCUUUUCUUAGAAGUAAUCAAUUAGAUAGACAUUACCUUCUGAAUGAUCAUAAUAGAUUAGAUUUGCAUAGAUGAUAAGAAAAGAGGAUUUGGGGGGAAUAAUAUGAAUGAAAUAAUGAUGAGAAUGAGCAUGAUAUUCGUGGGACAGUGAAAAUAGCUUGAUUAGAAUAAUAGAUUCAUGCUACAGAGUGGUAGGGGAAAGAAGUGUUGAAUAAAUAAAGCCCCAGAUUGUGAAGAGCCCUGAAUGCCAAACUUACUAAUGAAGUUCUAAGCAACAGGAACAAUAGGCUAUUAUAGGUUAUAAACAAGCACCAAUAAGUAGUCAUGACAGUUUGAAUAUUUCUGGCACAGGAAUAAUGCCAUUAAAAGUUUUGAAAGUUGUUUUUUGUUUUGUUUUUUGUUUGUUUUUUUCUUUUGAAAGGUUUUGCCUUAGGG